UUGAAUUCGAGGCUGAUAAAUUCUGGAAGAAGUGGGCUGCUAGACGGAGGCUUCUUGUUUCCUGCGGAGCUGAGUGCAGAGCGAGAGAAGGAGAGAAGCGGAGAUCUGUUAUAAGGAAGAGAGGGCCUGAAGGGUAGGAGGAGAUGGGUUCGGUGUGGAGAUCGAUGGUGGUUCUGACGGUGGUGGCGAUGGCGACAGCCAUUGGAACGGUCGGCGCUGACGAUCAACAGCUGACGGACUGCAUUGGGCAGCUGGCUCCCAGCCUGCAAGGCUGCCUUGAGGCCGUUGGGGACCCGACGAAGAAGCCUUCGAGCGACUGCUGCAAGGGCGUCAACAACGUAGUGAAGAACCAGUUGAAGUGCCUCUGCACCCUCUACAACAAUCCUUCCGCCGUCUCGUCCUACGGCCUCAACAUGACUCGGGUUCUCGAGAUCCCUACCCUCUGCAAAGUCCCCGCUGACGUCUCCCUCUGCAAAACCGGCAACUCAUCUACCCCCUCCAGCCACACCCCAGCAAAGUCUGCCCCUUCUCCAGCAUCAGCCAGCGUGCCUGCCCCAACUUCAGGUUCAGACAAGCAGACCAAUGGCGCUUUGAGGUUGACAUGGUCAUUGAAGCCACUGUGGGCACUUGGUUUGCUGUGGGCAUCGCUGUUGUUGAAGCCUUGGGCCUGAUGCCAUCAUCUUUUACAUACUGAAAUAAUCACUCUUCUGGAUGGGGUGGCAUUUAUAUUUCACACUUGUGGUGACUCCUUGUUCGUUUCAUUCUUGUAGGCUUUCACUUUUGCUGUGCGCUUAUUUCUUCUUUGCUUGUGUUGGUGACUACUUUCAUCUUGGACUCUAAUUUGGCUUUUGGUGUUACCUUUGUCGGUCCAUGGCACUUGUAUAAUUUAUAUCUUGAGAAUUGAUCAUGGGUUCUGAA